CAACAGCAUCAAGGUUUCGGCUGUGGUCACAGACAAGGACAACAGUGAUGCAGUGUACAUCACAGAGAAAGACAUUGUGCCAGAGAGCCCUUCACUCACCAUCAAAGCCAUUGGAUCUGAAUUGCAGUAUAGUGACAUGAUGGCAGAGGUUGUGUUUGAGAACCCUCUAUCCAAGGGUCUAAGAGACUGCUCCAUAACAGUGACUGGCAGUGGCUUGCUGACAGAGACAAUGGAAGCCAGAAUUCCUUUCCUAAAACAAGGGCAACGGCUGCGUGUGAAGAUGCCCUUUACUCCAUACAGACCCGGUCCUAAGAAGCUAGUGGCCAACUUCAACUGUGACCAAUUCAGGAACAUUAAGGCAAGCUGCAAUGUGGACAUCCUACCUGUCACCAGUGCUGUCCACCCACUGCCGUAGACAGUAAAGCCCUCGUGAGAAUAACUAUAAUAACUCAAAUAAGUUCUGCAAUUUAUACCGUAUUAUCCUGUUAUAUCGUAUAUCAGCCUUUGUUAAAGUAUGUGUCGCGACACUGACCUGUUAAUGGUGGGUCACGAUGUGUCAGAGUAAAUGUAUAAUUAUUUAAUAUAUGUCGCGCGUCACUACUUCACAGG